AUGGAUGACUCAAAAAGAUUAAAAAGAGAAAAUGAUGGUCAUCGAAAAGCCUUAAACCGACAAAUUGGUAAUAUAGAUAAAAUAAGAGAAAAAGAUCGCAAACGAAAAGCUGAAAAGAGAAAAGAUGAUGAGUCUAUUGAACGAGAAAGACAAUAUGAUAGACAAAGAAAAGCUGACAAAAGAAAAAAAGACGAGUCCAUUGAAAGUAUAAGAGAAUACGAAAAACAACAAAAAGCAGAUAAACGUAAAGAUGACGAGUUUAUCCGACAAGAAAGAGAAAAUGAUAGACAAAGAAAAGCUGACAAAAGAAAAGACGACGAGUUUAUUGAAAGUAUAAGAGAAUACGAAAAACAACAAAAAGCAGAUAAACGGAAAGAUGACGAGUUUAUCCGACAAGAAAGAGAAAAUGAUAGACAAAGAAAAGCUGACAAAAGAAAAGACAACGAGUUUAUUGAACGUUUACGAGAAUAUGAGAAACAACAAAAAACUCAAUCUCAUCAUUCAAUUGAACCACAAUUUAUGUGUGAUUACAAUAACUGUAGAAAAUAUAUUACAAAUUUAAAACAAUUAAAACAUCAUAAACGAAAACUUCAUCUGAGUAUAAAACCAUUCAAAUGUGAUGUCGAUAACUGUUGCAAACAAUUUGCUAUUAAAUCUGAACUUUUAAUACAUCAACGAAAACAUACAGGAAUUAAACCAUUUAAAUAUCAUUCAAUUGAACCACAAUUUAUUUGCGAAUACAAUAGUUGUGGCAAAUAUUUURCAAAUUUAAAACAAUUAAAACAUCAUAAACGAUAUAAUCAUCWRAGUAUAAAACCAWUCAAAUGUAAUGUCGAUAACUGUGUCAAACAAUUUGCAACAAAAUUUCCACUUUUAACACAUCAACGAACAGCUCAUUCAGGAAUCAAAUCAUUCAAAUGUGAUGUCAAUGAAUAUUUAUUUUUUUCAUUCAAAUGUGAUGUCGAUAACUGUGGCAAACAAUUUACUUGUAAAUCUGGACUUUUACGACAUCAACGAAAACAUUCAGGAAUUAAACCAUUUAAAUGUGAUGUCAAUGAUUGUAAUAAAUGUUUUUUACAAAAAUCU